AUGUUUGAGCUUGGUAUGACUUUAGCAGAAGUGGGUUAUUUCUCCUCCCGGAUGAAUCAAGGCAUCAAGGCUAUGGCUGAGUUCUGCCUCCUCAUGGCACUUUGGUUUCUAGCGCUGCUCACCAGUAACCAUGCCCUGUGCCCAAGUCACCAGAGUUCUUACACCCCGGAAGGAGGCACAGAGAUCUGCUGUGAUUUCUGUUCUGAAGGCGAAGAAAUGAGAAAACGUUGCACCAGCAAUAAUCCGAAACCAACAUGUGCAGCUUGCCCAGAAGGAUUCUAUAAUCCACCAAGAACAAAUUACAAAUGCAAGGUCUGCAAUCCUUGUGAUAAAAGUAGCAUUGAGAUUAAACCAUGUGACAAAUCCUCUGAUGCUGUGUGCAAAUGCCCGGCUGGGAGUGAAGAGAAAAAUGAUAAGAAGACAGCAUGUCUGUGUAAAAAAGGGAAUCACAUAGUAGCAAAUCAAUGUGUGCCCUGCCCACAAGGACACUUCUCAAGUGAAGACAACAGCAAAUGCCGCCCAUGGACCAAUUGCAGUAUAACAGGUCAAGAACACCAGGAAUCUGGCACCUCCACUCAAGAUGUAAAGUGUUCCAGCCCUAAAAUCUUGCCCAGCCAAGUGUCCCGCAGCAGAUCAUCAACAAAAGCUUAUGUCCCAGAGAAAACAACCACCAGUCACCCAUGGACCACUGAAGGACAGAGUGUCUUUAAUAAUUCUACAACUACCACUGACAGCACUAUGAAUUGGAAGUUCCUGUCCUUGAUCCUCUUCGCAGUUAUCCUGCUUAUAGUCUGUGCCACUGUCUUUUUGAUAAUGAUUAUUCAUAUGUGUCAAAGAAAGGAAAAGAGAAAAUUCAAUGGGUGCAGAAUUCCAAUACAAGAGGAGACUGAUCCCAGCCUUACCAAGCAAAUCACAGUGUGAGGGACAGCUAGAAAAAACACCAACAUAAGCGUUAAAUACAAACUAUAAAUACCUGCUGGCAUCCAGCAAUAACUUCAUAUAGCAGAAUCCUAGAAGUGCUGUCUCCUUUGCAACAUGCACCUAGAGACAAAAGAAGAAUCAUCUGAACAGACAAAAGGAUACAUGGGCAUCAUGAACUCAGAACCACUGUCUUUAGUCAUGGAAUUUGAAAGAACUUAUACUUUUUCAGUUUACAGACACCAAUUACCGGCCACUCUGAGACAAGAUUAAGGAGCAGUGUCUUUCACAUUUUACAUUUUAUUGGAACAAUAAGGGGACGCGGGUAUUUGUUUCACAGGUUAUGUUUUAAUAGCCCCACUUCUCACAUGACUGCACUGAUCACAUUUCUAUUUUGAUAGAAAAGAGCAACUUGGAAAAUUAUUUUUAAAAUAUAUGUGAGUGUUCAGAUGUAUGGCAUGUGAUAAGCACUAAAGGAAAGAAAUGUGAAGCGUUGUAUAUGAUUCAACAUUCACUGUAUUUACAUGUCAUUAGCAUGACUGGAGGGGGAAGUUUAGCUAAUAUGAUUUAAUUUUUUUAUGUUUUAUGUACCUAUGAAGGCAUAGGUUAUUUUGUGCAUAGAACAUUGCCUCUUUGUCUCUCUACAUUUACAUUUUGGAAUGGGAGCAACUAUACUGUGCUGAGACAUGCUACAGAGUAAUAGAGCCGCAUGAUGUGGUUUAUUGAUGACUAUGAGCAAAGCCUAUUCUUGUGCUAGUAAGUCACUAUUUACCACUACUUUGUCGUAAAAGAUAUAUCUGCAGAGCUAAUCAGUGCAUAAAGUAAGUUGCGCCCUCAUGCAUUGGUCUACUUAAGGAAUAAUAAAGGACAGUGAACAAUG